AUGGCUUCCACGGAAAUCGUGGGCGCCAUGCCGCCGCCGGACGGGGUUACGCCGGACUUUUCUCUCACCAGGACCUCUGUACAGCAGGAGUUUAUCCUCACUUAUGCCUCCACCUUGGGAAUUGCCCUUCUUCUACUGCUCCUGCGGCUCUAUACGCGGCUCUUCCUUGUCAAAUCUUUCGGGCUUGACGACUGGGCUGUUAUUGCGUCUGCUCUCUUCUCAAUAGCCUUCUUUGCGCUGUGCUUUGUUUCGAUGAAAUAUGGGUUUGGGAGACACCUGUACAACGUGCCGGCCACUGCGAUUCCGACGUAUCUCAAACUUCUCAUACCCAUUGUAGUAACCUACUGCUGGGCACCAUUCAUGACCAAGUUUUCAAUUCUUAUUUUGUAUCACCGACUUAACCCGUCGAAAAAGUUCCGAUAUAUGAUCUAUGCAUUGAUGUUCAUCAUCGCGGGCUAUACACUGGCAACUACGUUAGCAACAGCUGGCGGAUGUAAUCCCCUGAGUGAAGGCGCAACCCCCUGCAUCAACAGCCUGGCGCUAUGGCAGGCGAUCUUGAAUAUCGUGACAGAUUUCCUGAUGCUACUGAUUCCAAUUCCGUUACUGUGGGCGCUUCAGUUGCCGCUGUUGCAAAAGCUCUCUCUGGGGUUGAUCUUUGCGCUUGGGUCUGCAGCAAUGAUAACCAGCAUCGUCCGCAUCACCUACAUCAUGAACAUCCUCGACAAGGUCGAUUUUACAUGGUACGAAGCAACCGUCUGCGUCUGGUCAGCAAUCGAACUCAACUUUGGGAUAAUGUGCAACUGCCUCGCCGUCCUAAAGCCCUUAGUGCGCCUCGUCUUCCCAAUGCUCAUCCCCACCUCAAGGGGAAGCGACAGAUACCCCCCGGGCCGGUCCUACCCAUCUAGAUCUUUGCGGCACCAAAACCAACCAGGCUCUCACCAGCUGGAGUCGUUUGAUAAAAAUGAGGGAAGCGGCGGUGGCGGUGUUGGUCCCGGUCGUCGGUUCCAUCAUCACUCUAAGAAGAAAAGCGAGGAUAUAACUGGCAUUACUGUGACGAGCUCCUACCAGGUCCAUACACAGUCGGAUAACGAGGGGGAUACGGAGAGUACGGAGAAUAUUAUUGAGUCAAGGGGGAUUGUUCGAGAGUAUCAUCGGAUGGUUUGA